UAAAUUGCCUGCCUCAAUUUAACAAGUGUCUCUUUUCAAGGGGAAUAAAAGGCAAGCAAACCAGGCCUUUAUGUCCAAAACACAUUUCUGGAGAAAAGAUGUGCUUGCAUGAAUGGUAAUUCUUUCUCUAGACCGGCUGGCUGGGACAAUGAGAAGAAAAUUGCAAUCCUGCAUGAGAAUUUCACAACAGUGAAACCAGAAGAUGCAUAUGAAGACUUCAUCGUAAAGCCACCCGUAAGAAAGUUAGUUCACGAUAAAGAGUUUGCGGCAGAAGAAGAGCAGGUCUUUCUGAUGAAGCAUCAGUCAUACCUUGCCAAGCAGCCGGCAACCCCUACCAGAGCUUCUGAAUCUCCCGCUCGUGGCCCUUCUGGCUCACCCCGACCGCAAGGCAGGACAGGCCCUGCGACCGUCCCCAGCGCCUCACCAAUAGCAUCCGUCAAGAAGCCGGACCCGGCUAUUAAAAACAAUGCCGCAAGCGAAGGAGUCCUAGCCAGUUUCUUCAACAGCCUCCUGAGUAAAAAGACAGGUUCUCCCGGGAGUCCCGGUGCAGGAGGAGGAGGAGGAGGAGGAGUGCCAAGCACCGGCAAAAAAUCAGGGCAGAAACCCGUUUUGACGAACGUCCAAGAAGAGCUGGAUAGAAUGACUCGCAAGCCAGACUCAGUCGUAACAACCAACUCCUCUCUGACGGAGAACGAAGCUUGAGAAUCUUUGAACCUCCAUAUGUAAAUGACCAAAUAGUGAUGUACAUUGACCUGAUAACACCAGGAGCUUCCUGCUGUGGCAGAUGCUUUCAGUUUUUUCUUGGGGAAAUGAAAUUUAACCUUCAUUGGCUUGUCCCAGUGUCAAGUGCACAUUCAGGAAGUUUUGCGUCUAAAUUUCCUCUGUUUUAUGAUAACCAUUUUAGAGUUUAAAUAGGGCAUUUCUCUUAAUUUGGUUUCAAGCAAUAGGAAGAAGCGCACAGAAGCAAGAGGUGGAGUUCCUGCUGAAAAGCCACGAGCUGCUGCUGGCACGGAGGAAGCGCAAAGUCCUCUUCUUCUCUCUCUUUUUUUUUCCAAGUUAAUUGGAGUUGGCCAUGGAAAUGCGUACUUGUGUUUGUAGAGGGUGCAAUGUAGCAGAAUGUGGGUUGGAUGAGGAGUGUGUACAAAAUGCGGUGUUUUGAAAGGAUAAAAGGCAAGACCUGAUCAAUAGAAGCGAAAAGCACGUUGGAUGUAAAUCAGAUAAUCAUGUUGGUAAAAAUAAAAAUAAAUGCCUUUACAAUUGGGAAACAGAAAAUACAAGCAUCAUGGAAACUAUUCCAAUGGCAUUUUUUUUCCAGUUCUAAUAGGAAGAUUCAUAAAGUAUGGUGGGUACUCUUUUUGUCGUAACUGACACGGGGAGAAAUUUGUUCAGACCAAGUGCCUGGCACAGUGUGAGAUGUUUCUUCUCGAAGGUGCUUGAACCUCUUGUGCACUAUUGUACAAACAGUGUCUCUUUAAUAUUUUUUUCUUUUAAAUUUUAACCCGGUAACUUUGGUAGCUGGGUUGAAUUUUGCAUCCUUUUUUUUCCCUCCCCCUGAUAGUUUUUUUUUUCUUUUCGUUUUUCUUUUAAUACCAACCAUCUGGCCUGUGAAGAGGAAUGAGGGACAUGUCAUUUCUCUGCAGUGAAAUGGAAACGCAAAUCUUUCUUUUGUAUCCAAGAGUUAAUUGCAAAAGGUCAACGCUGAUUUUCUGCCUUAAGGCUUUAAAACCCCUAUGGUGAGUUUGGGGUAGCCUCCAAAAUUCUGGUUCCAGAUUGGAUUAAACAAAGGGUUGUAGGUAUACAGAGAAAAAAAAAAAAGAAUGCAGACUUACGUGACUUCAUUACAUUUGUGCUUUACCCCUUCGGUGUUGCCUUUUCAAAUGUGGAAAUAAUUUUGACGGUUGGCCCCUGUUGCUGCUCAGAUGAGUUUCCAUAGCCGCUUGGAGUAAGACUCCCACAGUUAACUGAAAUGGCACUUUUGAAUUUCUGUACAAUUUAUUUGACAGACAAACACUAACUUAUUUGUACCAAACUUGUUUGUAAGCAACACAUUGGAGGGAUAUACCACCAUGGAUUAUGCAGACUUUGUAUUGAUACAAAGGUUUUUUGUGUUACGUUAAAUCUUGUUUCUGAAUAGAACCACCCUAAUAUUUAUAUACCUAUAUCUAUAUAUAUUGUUAAAUAUACAAAAUAAAUUGACCACUAACACAUUACUGGAUGUAAUUGCAACCCACAUGUUGUAGAGAGAGGCCAUUUCUCUUCGUUUUUGUAAGUCUGUCUAAUGCUAGCUAGAAAACUAAGAGUAUUUACUUGCAUUAACAUGAAAAUAUGUUUACUUAUGUCAGUUACAUUUUUUAAACAAUAUAUGGUCAACUACAUUAUAAAACUCAGUUUUGACCAACGUUACCUGGCUCUUAAACUCAGAAGUUGGUGAUCAGGGAAUUGGGUUUGCGUUUGGGCUGCCAUUUACAAGCCAGCGUAGGUUUUGCUACAUUGUAAAAUUAGCCUCGUGCCAUCCCAGUAGUAGUAAUACAAUCUGUCCUCAUGGCAGCGCCUUUAAGUAUAUCCUAUUCAGUAAGUAAAGUUUUGGUGCCAUUGAUACAUAUAGAACCAGUGAGUGUAUUGAGAUGAUUGAAUUUAUGCUUGGAUCUAAACAGAUGGGAGUGUGACAGCUAUGGGGUGGUGGGUUUUGUUUUUAAUGGGUUAGCCGUUCCGAAGAUGAUUAUGACAGCCGGAUGAUUUCAUUGAAUUCUGGAGAAUAAAACCUUAAAAUCAAACUGGGCUUGGGGAAAACACAACAAAUCAUUUGCUGCUGUUCUAAGAGCACUAGUUAGGUCUCAAGGCCCAACUGAUCUUAUUAAUAAAUUUGUCAUGCACUAAGUUAAUUAACUUGUUUUUUGAAAGCUGUAGACAACAGGGUUUUUUAAAAUUUGCAUCAAAUGAGCAUUGGGUUUGCAAAAUAAAAAAGGCUAAUAACAUAUUACUUUCCAGUUAUGCAAAGAUCACUGGGACUCAAACAGAAUUUGGAAUGCCCCUCCCCCCCCUCUUCUACUUUGCAAGUGAAUGCUCCUAGUUUUUCAAAAGAAGGAAACUGCAAGUGAUGUUUGUCAGUUGCCAAAGUCUAGCAACUUUGGAACCCUGCACCAUUGUCUUUUCUGGUGUUCUCAAGCAUUAGAACCAAAGGCCAACUGCAAAACAGCCUUUAUGUUUAAAACUACCAUUACGUUUAUUUUCAGGAUUCACUUUUAUGGAAGACUGUUAGAAUUACUACCUGGCUCUAUUUAUAUUGCAUAUAAUAAUUGCAUCUGCUGUUCACGUUUAAACUAAAGUAAUAAUAUAUUGGACUUGAAGAUAAGGCAAAUAUAAAUCAGUUAAGGAUUGGCCCGCCAUCCAAAAUUUUGUUUUAUGCUGCUUGAUUUUUAAGUUUGCACUUCUAUUGGCAUUUUUAAACUUGUUUAAACAACUUGUAUGUACGUAUUUAAUUUAACAUGUUGAAAGUGACUGAACUUAACCAUACCCAUGCUGUAAAUGAAAGUUCUCUCUCCUGUAUUCAGUUUAUUGAUGUUUUUAACUUUUCAGUGGAGACUGCAGAUGUAUCCAGCACAACCCUUAGUCCAGUUGUAUGGCUUUAAACAGGUGCAGUCCUGUGGAACCUUGCUUUCUAGUGCUGGCGAAAAAUGAGGACAUGUCUUUAACGGCUUCAAAUAAACACCAACCAAGACGA